AUAAAUAAUUGGAAACCCAGGCAACUAAACCAGUUAUUCAAGAUGUUCUCCUUCAUUCUUCUAGGAGUCUUAGCCACAGCUACCAGUAUUUCUGCCCAAGCAGCAUGUACUGGUGCAGGGGAUCUUUGUUUUAACAAGUUUUCUGGAUUGAGCACUUGUACUCCUUGUCCAUCUGGAACCAGUUGCAAUCCAGUGAUUACGAAUGGUAUUGAAGGCAGCAGCUAUUGUCAGUUUGAUAUUUGUCUAGCAGAGGGAGUAUCUUGUGCUUAUGAUGUUGGAGUCUGCUGUACAGAUUUAUCCUGUUCACCAGAUGGUACAGGAGACUUGAAAUGUACUGCACCUCCUACCACAACUACUACUACUACUACCACGACUACUACUACUACCACAACUACUACUACUACCACUACUACUACCACAACAACUUCCACUACUACAACUACUUCUACUACAUCUACCACAACAACUACAACUACUGCUGCCCCAACAACCACUACUACUGAAACAACUACAACAACAGUUGAUAGCAGUGAAGAAUCUGGAAGUUCUGAAUCUGGAAGCAAAGAAGGAAAGAAAAGCAAAGAAAAGAAAGGAAAGAAGGGAAAGAAGGGAAAGAAGGGAAAGAAAGGAAAGAAAGGAAGCAAGGAAAAGAAAGGAAAAUAAGAACUCCAUCAAUGUAUGUUCAAAUGUAUUUGCAGUGGCAUGGAUCAGAAAUAACUGAUAAUUCAUUUUUCUUGUAAAAUAAAUUUUCAAUUAAAUG